AUGCCUAGAGAACGACGUGCGAACAUCGGCCGCCGCACAAGACAUGCAAGCCAGCAACAAGUCUAUUCAAGGAACUUAAGAGAAGAAAGACAAAAUAUAAUAAGAGAAAAUGACCGAUUGAGACAUCGCUUCAAAAGAGAAACGGUUGGAUUGUGCUGCGCAAGUGGAAAAGUCAAACUGGAUCCAUUACUUACACCACCACAGCCACUGAAAACAUUGUUUGAUGGAAGUGAUCCCGAUUCCAGCCAUUUUCUUCAACACAUCCUUGAAUACAAUAACUGCUUUCGCAUGACUUCCUUUGGAGCUAAUAUCAUUCGAGAAGGCGGCUUCAUGCCGACUUGCAAGAUACAAGGUCAAAUAUAUCAUUUGCAUGGUUCAAUGGUGCCAACACCAGAUGAACCGCAUCAAUUUCUGCAAAUAUAUUUCAUUUCGUCGAUGGUGGAUCAGCUGAACGUGCGGUGCAAUAUACAGGGAGCACAACAGUUAAAGAGACGAAUUAUUGAACAGUUGCAAGCAUUUUUUCACGCUAAUAAUGCUGUGGUUAAUAUGUUCAAAACAGCAUUGGAACGAAUGCCAUCGGAUACGCACAAAUUUGUCAUAAGAGCGGAUUGUACUCCAACAGGUGAACAUGUGCGAAGAUUCAAUGCACCCACCGUUAAUGAUGUUGCUGCAAUUAUUGUUGGCGAUCCAACUAAAUCACGAGACAUUGUCGUUCAGCGAAGAAGCAAUAUCAUGCAUCGUGUAAACGAGACACAUCGUUUGUACGAUGCGUUACAAUAUCCAAUCAUUUAUUGGCAAGGGCAAGACGGAUACGACAUCACGUUGAAGAUGGUCGAUCCAAUUACAGGAGUAUCAACGAAUAAUAAAAAUCUAAGCGCAAUGAAUUACUAUGCGUAUCGUAUGAUGACUCGUACACAUGAGGAGAAUGUCAUUCUGAAGUGCGGUCGGCUAUUCCAGCAAUUCGCUGUCGACAUGUAUGUCAAAGUCGAGACCGAACGUUUAGCGUUCAUCAGAUUCAAUCAGCCAAAGCUACGAUCUGAGGACUAUAUACACUUGCGUGAUGCUAUUCAUUCAGAUGGUGAUGUUCAGAAUAUUGGACGACUGACGAUUCUCCCAUCAACUUAUAUCGGAAGCCCACGCCACAUGCACGAAUACGCUCAAGACGCUAUGACGUACGUGCGAAAUUAUGGAACUCCGGAUUUAUUUAUUACGGUCACAUGCAAUCCGAAGUGGACGGAAAUUGAACGCGAGUUGGAACGGGUCAAAAACCGCAAGAUCGCCAUGACAUAA